AUGGCGGCGGCCAAGCGAGUUGCAGAUGACACGGUCCGCUACUAUUUGUUUCCAAAGCUCGAAUACCCCACGACUAGACUUGACAGACUAGAGCUUGAAAAAAGGGCCGAGCUGUACACGGCAAAGCUCUUGCCGCUCAUCACCACCUACAUCUGGCAGGACGAACAGUUCAACUUGUGCGUCGUCGACGCACAAAGAGACGGUGUUCCGCCACACCUGGAAGGUAGCACGUACUUCGGCGACAACGUCGAGGACGAAUGGUUUGUCGUGUACUUGCUCUAUGAGCUCACCAAGGAUGACAAGGACUUGGUCGUCAAAGUCGAAGAUACAGACGGAGAGUUUCUGCUCAUAGAGGCGGCCGACCACCUCCCGAAGUGGUUGAACCCAGAGACGAGCGAAAACCGAGUGUACAUCUAUCGUAACAGUCUACAUGUGGUGCCCCUGGAGAAUGGCAAGGCCUCGGAGAAUACCCGUGUUCCCAGAAUCGACGAUGCCAUCACUAUCAUCAGGUCUCCGAUUGCGAAGACAAAGGCGACCCCGGCAGUGCAGAAGUCUUUGGCAGCCCGCUUACACGAUGCACCUGUGAGGCAUCGUGCCAGUCAUCACCGGGCCCACUGCUAUCUUCCAGCAGCAGCCGUGGCCUUGCUGCAAAGGGACCCUGCCUUGCUGGGGCCUGCAGUGGGAGCCUUCGUCUCACGUGACCCUCUCGAUCUGAAGGCACUUAGGGCCAUGAGGCACUUCCCACCUGAGACGCGCGUGAUGGCUGAGGUGAUCUUCACUCGCUGCCUCUACGCUCAGCUGCGGCAGCAGCGCUUCGCGCCCGACCGGCGUGUCGGCUGGAACAUGCCACCCCCUCACGCUCCCGAGUUCAUCGCCCACGACCUAGGCCUCAAAUUGGCUUGCGGCCUGGAGAUACUGGCCGCUGGGUCCGACAAGACAACCGUCAAUGGUGAACCUGACCUUUCCGAGCUUGGCGAUGACGUUCGGUGGAAGCGCUUCCUCAAGAGCCUCAGCACCAAGGGCUACUUUCAGGGUGAACUGGAGGGGUCCAAGUUGUACCACAACCUGCUUCAACGCGCCCGCGAGUAUUUUGUCCACACGGUCGCAGCAGCGGAGGAUGGAGAGAGCGAGCGCCGGGGAAGGUGCUCGGCUCACGCGCGAGUCUCGCGCCAGCUGCGACAGCUCGACGUCAACGUCGAGAAACUACGAGAAGAGAGCGAGAAACUGGGAGAGCCAGACGAUGAAAAGUGGAUGGAGGUCACGCCGCAGGAUUUGGACCGCCUGCUCGAAGACUACUCUUCACGAAGUUCUGGAGGAGAGAAGCACAAGGGCGCCAAACCUGUGCAGAAGACAGAAGAAACCCUUGGCAAGACAAUAACAGAGAGCCUGGACCGCUUUGUGCGUCAUGUUUCCGGCUACGAAGGAGCGGAAGUGCCGUCGAAUGCGGCAGCCAAAGGGAAGUCCCAGUCAAGCGAAGCCAGCCAUCAAGCCAAAGCAGACGGCAUUGACUUUGAUCCUGACCGCUUCGUCGAGGCGCUCGGUGCUAUUCUUGACUUCAAGCUUCCUCAGUCAGAUGAUGAGUCAAGUUCUUCUAUGAGCAGCUAUGGAGACGAAGUUGAUUCUCAUGAUCGCUUGGCCGACAUAAUCAACGGUGAUGACGACAGCUAUGGCAGUGACGACGAAGAUGGCGAUUUGAAUGGACCCGGAGUGGACCUUUCACGCCUUGCGUUAGAUAUGAAAAGCUACAUGGAACUUAUGGACCAUGAACUGGCCGGAACCAAUGUUGGGCUGAGCUUCGAACGUCAGCCGGUCGCCAAGCCGGCAGCAACCGAGGAGGAGGCUGAUCCAGAGGCCAAAUCAUUGCCGCCCAAGGCUAAGGAAGCACCGCGAGCCACGGCAGAGAGCCUCGAUGAGCUAGACUCCGACGACGAUGAAGAGGCUGCGGGUGGCGACGGAUACCGGCCGAUCGACGUUAACCUGACUGCACUCAAGAACAUUCUCGAGUCGUACAGCUCCCAGGAAGGGCUUCCCGGUCCUGCUGGGAACCUUCUCUCGGCAAUGGGGAUCAGUGUUCCACGCAACGAGGAUGACCAGUGAACAUAGCGUCCUUGUGACUGAUGAGUCACUGUUCAAGCUAUGCGAGGCGCUCUACAAGUGUUCCAGCUUUAUUUGUUGCUUCCAGUCUGGCAACAAAUGCAAGAUGUACAGUGUAUUUUUGUUCCAUUUGUUCUGAGUCAUUUUUGUAAUGUGUCUCCUUCCUGUCACUGCUUAUCAACUGCUGCAUUGUAAAUUGUAUUUAAGAUAGCUGUUUCUUUUUUAAUGACUAAAGCAUACAUUACAGAGGUAGCUGAUAUGAACCUUUCGUAAGAUUGUCUUGCAGUGCAUGCAAGUUUCUCUUAUGCAAGACAGGACACUACUCUACUGUCACAAAAUUAUUUACCAUACUUUCAUAAUGAAAACCUAUAGUUUCUAGCAAUUUAUAUAUAAAAACACUUCUAGAUUUUUAUUUUUUGAUAAGAAUGUUGAUAAUAGUGACUGUAAUAGUAAGCUGCGGCCAGCAUAAGAAACUUUGUUCUCAUUGUGUCUCAAGUGGUUGUAAUGCGAAGGUAGUUUUCACACCCAUGGAAUCAUAAAACGUGCAUUAUGGUAGGCAAACUUCGGUACUCAAGUAGUCAAGGGAUGUGUUCCAAUACUCACCGCAGAUGUCUAAAUGGAUGGCGACCAUCUUAAGUCUCAUUCCAAUUCUCACAUAGCCGGCAAAAUAGACAGAUCAGAGAAGA